GCGGUCCUGUUCGUGGUGCGGGUGUGUGUCACGGUGUCGGAGAGUUUUAAUGGGAUCAGAUAUUGGCUGAAGGAUGACCUGGUUUGCAGGCGCUCGGAGGCUAAACGCUCGGCUAAGUUGGGGGAGUUACUCAGCAACACGGCUCCGAGUCACGGGCACUGCAGGAGCGCGACUCGAACACGACCAUCAAUUUGCAGUGGAAGCUGCAGGAUGUCCUUAAAGCCACGGGUGGUGGAUUUUGAUGAGACCUGGAACAAACUGCUCACCACCAUCAAGGCGGUGGUGAUGCUGGAUUACGUAGAGAGAGCCACGUGGAACGACCGCUUCUCUGAUAUUUACGCAUUGUGUGUCGCGUACCCUGAACCCUUGGGUGAACGGCUGUACACAGAGACAAAAGUGUUUCUGGAAAACCAUGUCCGUCAACUGUAUAAGAAAGUGCUGGAGUCUGAGGAGAAAGUGCUGUUGAUGUAUCAUAGAUACUGGGAGGAGUACAGUAAGGGUGCUGACUACAUGGACUGCUUAUAUCGGUACCUCAACACACAGUUUAUAAAGAAGAACAAACUGACUGAAGCAGAUCUGCAGUAUGGCUAUGGUGGAGUUGAUAUGAAUGAACCGCUGAUGGAGAUUGGAGAGCUCGCGCUCGAUAUGUGGAGAAAGCUGAUGAUUGAGCCUCUUCAAGCCAUGCUAAUCCGAAUGCUUCUGAAAGAAAUUAAAAAUGAUCGCUGUGGGGAGAAUCCCAAUCAGAAAGUAAUCCAUGGGGUUAUCAACUCCUUUGUUCAUGUUGAACAGUACAAGAAAAAGUUUCCUCUAAAGUUUUAUCAGGAGAUUUUUGAAGGGCCGUUUCUGACCAAAACUGGCGAGUAUUACACACAGGAAGCCUCCAACCUACUGCAAGAGUCCAACUGCUCUCAGUAUAUGGAAAAGGUUUUAGGGCGUUUGAAAGACGAAGAGGUCCGAUGUCGGAAGUAUUUGCAUCCAAGCUCCUAUGCCAAAGUGAUCCAUGAAUGCCAGCAGAGGAUGGUGGCUGACCACUUGCAGUUCUUGCAUGGAGAGUGCCAGAACAUUGUCAGACAAGAAAAAAGAGAUGACAUGGCGAACAUGUACACACUGCUGCGCGCAGUCGCCAGCGGCUUACCUCACAUGAUCCAGGAGCUGCAGGUGCACAUCCGUGACGAGGGGCUCCGAGCCACCAGUAACCUCUCUCAGGAAAACAUGCCAACUCAGUUUGUGGAGUCCGUGUUGGAGGUUCAUAGUAAAUUUGUCCAGCUGAUUAACACGGUGCUAAAUGGGGACCAGCACUUCAUGAGUGCCCUUGACAAGGCUUUGACAUCAGUAGUAAACUACAGAGAGCCAAAAUCCAUUUGUAAAGCACCUGAACUGCUUGCUAAAUACUGUGACAAUCUGCUGAAGAAGUCGGCAAAGGGAAUGACUGAGAACGAGGUGGAGGAUAAACUUACCAGCUUCAUCACUGUCUUUAAGUACAUUGACGACAAAGACGUCUUUCAAAAGUUUUAUGCCAGAAUGCUUGCUAAGAGGUUAAUACAUGGCCUUUCAUUAUCCAUGGACUCUGAGGAAGCCAUGAUUAACAAACUGAAGCAAGCAUGCGGCUAUGAGUUCACGAGCAAACUGCACAGAAUGUACACAGACAUGAGCGUCAGUGCCGACCUCAACAACAAGUUCAACAACUUUAUUAAAACCCAGGAGACCGUAGUGGAUCUGGGAAUCAGCUUUCAGAUCUACGUGCUACAGGCGGGUGCAUGGCCUCUGACACAGGUUCCUUCAUCGACUUUUGCUAUCCCUCAGGAACUCGAGAAGAGUGUACAAAUGUUUGAGCUGUUUUAUAACCAGAAUUUCAGCGGGAGAAAGCUCACCUGGCUACACUAUCUCUGCACAGGUGAGGUGAAGAUGAACUACUUAUCCAAACCCUAUGUCGCCAUGGUUACCACCUACCAGAUGGCGGUGCUGCUGGCCUUCAACAACGGCGAGACGGUGAGCUAUAAAGAGCUGCAGGAGAGCACGCAGAUGAACGAGAAAGAGCUGCAGAAAACCAUCAAGUCCCUGCUGGAUGUCAAGAUGAUCAACCAUGACUCACAGAAAGAGGAACUUGAGGUCGAAUCGACUUUCUCGUUAAAUAUGAGUUUUACUAGUAAAAGAACCAAGUUUAAGAUCACCACCUCGAUGCAGCGGGACACCCCACAGGAGGUGGAGCAGACGAGGAGUGCUGUGGAUGAAGACAGGAAAAUGUAUUUACAGGCUGCUAUAGUGAGGAUCAUGAAAGCCAGGAAAAUCCUGAGACACAAUGCACUUAUACAAGAAGUGAUCAACCAGUCCAAAGCCCGAUUCAACCCCAGUAUCAGCAUGAUAAAGAAGUGCAUCGAAGUGCUUAUCGACAAGCAGUACAUCGAACGAAGCCAGACCUCUGCAGACGAGUACAGCUAUGUGGCAUAAAAGAAAAACAAACAGAAAAAAAAGAAAAGAAACCACUCGGCGGUCAAAAACGUAAACCAUGUCUUUAUUUUUGGCUGCAGCUGGCUCGGGCUGUCUCCCUGCAGGAUGAAGUGGGGCCGUGUCUCCAUCUGUGUAGAAGGAGGAGGGGGGUGGGGAAGAGCCUCUACGUACCCAGGCAGUCAUAAAUACCCCCCGCCCCACCACCACCUCCCUUCAGCCCCAAAUCCUUUUCUGAUUUUACGCUGUUUACAUCACCAGUGCCACGCCCCGGUGCGUCAAACGAAAAAAGAAAAAAAAAAAGAGAAAAAUGCCUAUAGCUAUUCAAGUGCAAACUGAUUUAAAAAAAAAUUGAUUUUUAAACAAUGUAACCAUAACCAACAAAUCCAGAGAGCGAGCGGACGUGUCAGAGUUUUUAAAAACGAAUGUCUAAGGGAAAACCACCCAUGCUUUUUUUUUUUUUUUUUUGUUCCUCACGUUUGCAGUUGUAGUGUUUUUUCUUCUUUUUUUUUUUAAUGUAUCAAAGUGAGAGGAAAAAAAGACUAUUGUAAUAAAACCAUUAUACUGAUAAUUGUAUUUACCUUCAACAUGUAAAAA